GCACAACUCAUUCGGUCGUAUGAUAACAAAUGAUAAAUCGUAUGAUAAACUCACUCUUUUGAAGAAGCCGACCUAAUUUGAAACCGAAACCAAAACUGGAGUUUUGGCAUACCAAAUUCUUUCUGUAUUUGGUCCUCGCAGUCAGUGCUAUCGACAAACGCAUCGAACAACAUGGCUUUCCGUCGCCCUUUUUUGCGGCUUGCCAAGUCGACAAAUUUCCCCUGAUUUUUUCGGGCAUACUGCUUUUAAUUGGACGUUUCUAUGGCCUAGCUGUUUAUUUCCUCGAAUCUACCGGGAAACGAUGAGUGCAGAUAUCGAAAGCUUCAUCAGCAAGAACUGUCCAUGGGGAAAACUUCCCGACAGUGCAAAACUGCUCCUGGGAAAUUCAGAAAAAGAGUACGAAAAAAGCGUUCUUCAGUACAGCAUAAAAAACCAGCUUAGGUUUCGUGGAAAUCUUGUGCGGUCGUUUCAUCGAGACGAAAAGUCCUACUACGAGAACGUGCUGCAGUACAGCCGCAGCCACCUGAUGCUCUACCCGUACCACCUGUCGGACUACAUUGUGACGAGGAUGAGGAUCACGCCGUUCCAGUACUACAUUUCUGUCAUGCAGGAUUUGAUGGAGCAAGAGCGAAGCUACGAUUCGUUGCCCAACUUCACCGCCACCGACUGCCUGCGGCUUCUCGGCAUUGGCCGCAAUCAGUACAUCGACCUCAUGAACAAGUGCAGGUCAUCAAAGAAAUUUUUUACUGUGCGGCGGAAAUCGGUGCGUGACCUGCUGCCUUCGAAGCCUGUUUCCGAUGUCCCCAUCGAACCCUGGUGGGUGAUCAGCGUCGGCUACGUGACUGAGGACGACAUCAAGAUGGUGACGCCAUCGGAGAAGGAAAUCGUUGACAAAGUGAUCGACGACGGUCCACAGAGAGCUGGCACGCUGAAAGAAGACGACGUGAGGAGUUUGUACGUCAAGGGUCUGGUCUACCUGGAUGUUCCGAUGGACGACCACGACUGCAUUUCAGUGCCUCCCCUUGAGGGGUUUGUUAUGAACAGAGUUUUAGGAGACUAUUUUGAAACCCUGCUGUACAAAAUUUUUGUGUCCAUCGAUGGCAACACUCCCCUCUCGGAGCUUGCCACUGUGCUACAAAUAGACCUACAACUUGUUAAGAAUGCGGUGUCAAUGUACUGUCGUCUGGGCUUUGCCCUCAAGAAGAACAAGGAUGUCUCGAACCUCGACCCUUCCUGGUUGACCGUCAACUCCAAGAGCAUCAAGUCGAACACGAGGGAGGUGGAGGAGUUCAUGUCGGUGCUUCACACGGAAGUGGAGAAGGAAGGGAGCCUCGUGGGGGAGCCCAACCCCUCUCCGGACUCUGCGAGCCUCGACGAAUCCGCAUCCCAAGACUUGUCCGUGGGGAACCGGGUGAAGCGGAUUGGGUUCCUAUUCGACUCUAACCUCACCGCUUUCCUCAUGAUGGGGAACCUGUCCCUGGGCUUGAAGAGCCAUGCUGUGACCAUGUUUGAAGUGGGAAAACUAUCCGACGAAUCGCUGGACAGCUUCCUGAUGGAGCUGAAAAAGGUGGGGGACGCGGGCGAGGGAGAGGCGCAGCGCUACUUCGACCACGCGCUGACGCUUCAGGACACGGUGCGGUUUUUGCGCAACAAUGCGUCCAUCUCGCCCGAGGGCCCUGCGGCGGGGGAGGCGGCAACGCCCACCUCAGGGCUGGGCCUCGACCUCGUGCGCUGCGAGAGUCUGCAGAACCUCGAUGCGGAGACGUGCGCCCGGCUGCUCAACAAGAACUACGCGUUGCUGGUUUCGAUGGCACCGCUCAGCAACGAGGUGAGGCCAGUUACCAGCUGUACGCCUCCGCACCUGGGACCCGCCAUUCCAGAGGUGAACUCAUCCUGGUUUAAGCUGUUCAUCUACUUCGUGUCCGGGCGUGGCCCUCCCUCGCUGCUCGUCUGCAAGGGCACCAGGCUCAGGAUGCUGCCCAGCGUUCUACAGGACCACGACAAGCUUCUAGUCACAACGUGGGGUCACGACCCGGGGACUGUUCCCACAUCAUGCUCCCUGAUCACCCUCAACGAUGCCCUCACUCACUCUGCUGUCCUCAUUCAGGCCCAAGGGGUGAUGGGCAGUCAAGUGCACAUUCCAUUCCCCUUCAACAAAGAGGAGGAAAACGAGAAAGGGAACAAGCUGGUGAACCACCCGGCCGUGGAAAGUCUCGCGGAGGAGCUCCGGCUGCGGCUCUCGUGCGGCUACAUGACGCUGAUGCGGAUGCGGACCUCGGAAGCGGACGACGACGUGCCCAACCUGGACGACUGGACGCUGCUCGACUGCUGCUUCGGGGUUCCACUUUUCGACAACGCCCUCAACAAGGACAUCUGUGCCCGCAUCCUCGACCACAACCUCUGCUCCGCGGACAACCUCAAGUUACUGGUGGAUAGCAACAGGAACCUUACGCAAAGGUUACUUCAGUUCAUGUCUGACUUUGGGGCGGACCCGAUGAUGGUGGACAGCGGAGAACUGCCGCUGCCCACACAGAACCUGCUCUUCCAUGACGGCAAGCUCGAAGUGUGGGACGAGUACUAACGUUGAAACCGGACCAGAAAUAAAAAAAAAUGUUUUCUAGAUA